GUUGCAACCCUGCAAAGCGGCGAGCUGUCAGCCGCAGGGCGCCGAGGAGGAGGGCAGGGAUGGAGCCGGUCCCCUCCUCAGAGUAGGAGCCUCGGAAAGGAGCGGGAGGGAGGCGCCCGAGACGGCCAGCCGCUGGGAGCCAGCUCGCUACGCAGCCCUGCUGCCGAGGGGUUGAGAAGACAGAAGACGUGUCCGGGUAGGCCGAUGGGCUCAGUCGGUAAGCUCCACUACCUCAACAUGACUGCUGAAAAUCCAGCGCCCGGAGACCUGGCUCUGGCCCCCCUGGUCACUUGCAAGCUCUGCCUGUGUGAGCAGCCUCUGGACAAGAUGACCACUCUUCAGGACUGCCAGUGUCUCUUUUGCACAGCUUGCCUGAAACAGUACACGCAGCUGGCAAUCCGAGAAGGAUGUGGGUCUCCCAUUACGUGCCCUGACAUGGUGUGCCUGAAGCACGGGACUCUGCAGGAAGCCGAGAUUGCCCGCUUGGUGCCCGUGGAUCAGUUUCAGCUUUAUCAGCGCUUAAAGUUUGAACGAGAGAUUCACCUGGACCCCUCCCGGACCUGGUGCCCCAUCGCUGACUGCCAGACGGUGUGCCAUGUGGCCGCGAGUGAGCCGGGGCAGCCUGUGCUGGUCGAGUGCCCUUCUUGCCACCUGAAGUUCUGCUCGUGUUGCAAGGAUGCUUGGCAUGAAGAUGUCUCCUGCAGGGACAGCCAGCCCGUCGUCCUGCCCACGGAGCACGGGGCCCUCUUUGGGACGGGCACAGAUGCCCCUAUCAAGCAGUGCCCAGUGUGCCGGGUUUACAUCGAACGCAACGAAGGCUGUGCCCAGAUGAUGUGCAAGAACUGCAAGCACACCUUCUGCUGGUACUGCCUGCAGAGCCUGGAUAAUGACAUUUUCCUCAGACAUUACGACAAAGGACCGUGCAGGAACAAACUGGGCCACUCCCGAGCAUCAGUCAUGUGGAACCGAACACAGGUGGUGGGCAUUCUUGUGGGAUUGGGCAUCAUUGCCUUGGUGACCUCCCCCUUGCUACUCCUGGCCUCGCCGUGCAUCGUCUGCUGUGUCUGCAAAUCAUGCCGGGGCAAGAAGAGAAAGCAUGACCCGUCCACAACCUAAAGCCCUGGGCUCCUGCUCGCGUGCCAUGGAUAUCUGGGUUCUGGAGACCGCACAGCGAUGAAGACCCACCUAGUGAACUUGCCUCCUGCUCUUUGCCAACCUUUGGAAGUGCCUCUUGUGUCCAGACUUGAAACUUGCUUGCCAGCCUUCAGCAUCAGACAGGGCCAAGCCCAGGGAGUGCGUGUUGCUGUGGAAAGAGAACCCAUUUCUCCAACCCAGGCUGUGUCCAGGGAGCUUGGCUGGAAACUUUGGGAAUACUUGGGGUGGGGGUGGGUAGCUAGGACAUCAUUAUUUUUAUCAUCCAAAGGAUCCCACUGGACUCUCGGACCUCCAGCCAAAUCCAAGGAGCAUAAAUGGACACUCAGUAUAAUAAUAAAUAUGUUGUCACCGUUGGCAAUGCACGUGGUCACGGAGAAGUGGGUGUCUUCUCUGUGUUGAUUUGAACACCAUAGAAACCUGGAGGCGGGGUGCAGGGGGAGAGCUCCAUGUGGGAGAAGGAUAAGACUGCUGAAGGGACGGUUCUCAUAGGAGCCAUCAAGCAGGCUGCUUAUCUCAGGAGUUGAGGAGGGGUUCUUCCUGUGGGGGCUAGUUUGGUGUGCUUUCCCCAGCAUUCCCACCGAGACCCGGCAGAAACACAGUAGAUUUCUCCUUGUGUGAUCUCAGCUUCCACGAAGAAGACACGGCUGUACUAAGAAAGUUGUCCCUUCCCAGGAGAAGGGUUGCUACAUGGAGAAUAGCAAUAAAGUCUGAUUCAGCAUCCCUACCUACAAGGAUAACUUUCCUAAGAGGAUAAGCUGUUCUCUGACAGCCAGGAGCUAGACAGUUGCCUUAUGUUACGUGUGGUUUAGGAUAGGAGAGGUUCACAAGCUUCACAAGAGAUAACGGAGACCUCUCCAACAGCUCUGCCCAACAGAUUUCCAAUUGGAUCCAAAAAUAUGCACCAGGAACAAAUAUUCAAGUCCAUAUACACAUCUAGGAGCCAUAUCAUUUGCAGCGUACCCAGGUUUCUAUCCAUUGGGAACGCAUGGGUAUAGCCAGUAGCACACAGUCUGUGUUUAUGGAAAAGCCAUUCUCUCCUCCUGUGACUGAGAUGGUGUAUUAUAAGUCAGCCUAGAUAUCUGUUGCAUAUUAUAUAUGUGAACUUUGAUUCUGAGUUAAUAACUUAUCCAAGGCUAUCUAGCAACUCAUAAGCAUAACUUUUAAAACAGGUGUCCCAGCACACCAACUUUAUUGUUUUGUGAAAGCAAAUGAACAAACAUAAUCUAGUGAUUACAGAUUUUCAAACCAUUCACCGUGGUGGUAUGCUGGGCAUCAUUUCAUAUUGCACUUUCGCCCAGUGGCAGGGAAAUCAGAGUAAUUUCAGUCCAUCCAAGGCACUGACGAAGCAGCUAGAAAAAGUGAGUAACAGAUACAACGUUAAGAGCUUUCUAGGUCCUAAAGAGCACAGAUUUCUACAUUGCCUCACUCUGGUUUGUUUUGCCUUUAGCAUGAGUCCACUUCUUAAUAAACGGGUUUCAUGAAAGGGUAGCCAAGCACUCUCCCCAGCAGUAGGAUUCAGCCGUGUAGGAUGGUGCUUUGUGCCACUGUCCCACUCCGUGCUGGCGGAGAGUAGGGCCGCGGCAGGAACUGUCAAGGGCUGUGAUGCUUCUUGAGGUACCUGGGUAACUAGUGUGUUAAAUUGCUGCUAUCUCACACCUGCUAUGAAAGAAUGAUGUUCUGCUUAUGUAAUGGAAUGUAUACUGAGUGUGGGGGUUGGGGUGGGGUGCGUAUUUAAAGACCUUUAAUCCACAUGUAUAUAUUUGCUAAGUGUAUCAUACAUCUAUUGGUCAUGUCCAUUUUAUUUCCAGCUUGUCUAGAACAUGGAGGAGAACACUUGGGCAAACUUCGAAUGGUAACCAACCAGAAACCCUUGUAAUCAUUUGUUAGAAAUCCCUCCAUAAUCAGAGUCUUUGUUUUUGAGCACUAUUUCAGGAAAGAAAUUGGGGGAAAAGUAAUCCACUUCCAUCAGUGUCUUUCAUGUUAAGCACAAAUGUUGUAAAUGCACAUAUUCUUGAGUAUAGCCAAGUUACUCUUUCGUUCACAUAGCCUACUGCCUCAUAUGGGUGAAAGGGCAUGGAUCACUGCUCAGGGGCUCACAGAAACUCAGCUGAAUUGAACUUGUGUCACAAGAAAGCCAGUGUUGGCAAUGUUCUCCAUUAUUAGACUCUCCAAGCAUGGUUCUCACAGAGACCAAAGGACACAUCAGGCGACUCUGCUACACAAGACCUCUGUAAAGUGUUGGACAAGCAAGGAUGUUACUUUGAGGACAAAGGUGCCCCUGACCCACACCACAGUGUUUUUUAUCGCUUCCUGUGCAUUGAAAGUUGAACAUGGAGUAAAGAAGAUAGACGGAUUUGACUUUUGGUGCUGGCAAAGAAUACUGAAGGUGCCGUGUUCUGCCAAAAGAACAGGCGUCUAUCUUGGAUGAAGUGCAUCCAGAACGCUCCUCAGAGGAUGGCGAGGUCUUGUCUCACAUACCUCGGACAUGUUAUCGGGAGAGACCAGUCCCUGAAGAAGGGCAUCAUACUUGGUAAAGUAGAGGGGCAGCAAAUAAGAGGAGGGGCCUGUGUAAGACGGAAUGACACGGUGGCUGUAGCAGUGGGCGUGGGCGUAGGAACAAUGAUGAAGAUGCUGCAGGACAGGGCAGUGUUUCGUUGCAUUGCACUCAGAUCGUUCAGCAUUGGAACCGACUGGACAGCCCCUACCAACAGGAAGCUCAGUCCCACAGAGGGCCUUUAAACGGGCUGAUGUCGUCACCUCGCCUCGUCCUGGUCUCAGCCGGAGAACUUCUGAACGUGGAGUCAGGGUGGAGGAACAGACCAAUUUCCUUAGCGAAACAGAAGGAAUGGAUCUCAUUGAUUUGCUAUAACAGAACCAGCUCCAUUCUGGGGGAGGAGGGAGGGUUAUUUGCCAAAUGGGUUUUAAAUAGCUCAAUUUUAACCUUUAAAAAUGUUGAAAAGUGCCUAGAGGCGGGGUUGGGGGUGGAGGGAGAAGUGCCACUGUUUAAAAAUAGUCCAAUGCAUCGGUCCCUGUGAGACUGUCAGGAUCAAGAGCCACCAGUUGGUAAGUUGCACCAGAACCUCUCUGGUGUGUCAAAGGGCAAGACCCAAGCUGGUAUCGAGGCUGUUUGCAAGGAGAGAGCUGACAGCGUUGGUAACAGCGGUCGAUCCUUUCACUUUGGAUAACGCUGGGGACGAAUCUAACCGCCUCCUUCCUCUGUCGGCUUCGUCCUUCCCUUAGUGCUCUGCUUUGUGCACCAGGAAGAAAUCGCCAUCUGGACAAUAAUGCCUCAAGGUUGUGGCCAAAGUGUGUUUUGUGUGUGGAGUGAUCUAAAGCACAAAACAAGAAAGCCAACCAGCUGCCAAGGGGCAGAUUGUAACUCAUGGCAACUGACUUGUGCUCUGUAAGGUUGGAGAGUGAGACAGUCGAUUUGAAAUAGAAAUGAAAAACCCUUCAACACAUCAUAAGCGGGAUGGAAUACCCCACCAUCCAGAAACCCUAUGGACAGUAAUGGCAUAAGGCCUAGUUGUUCAUCCCUAUCCCCAGAUCUUCCUUUGAGUAGGUAGGGAGGUGAGAAGGAAUGCUUCUCUGGGGGCAUCUUUUAGCAUCUUAGGCAUCCUACUUCUGCAUGCCAUGAAUGUUUGUUCUGGACUUUAAAAAUCUGUAUUUUGAAAGAGGCCAUUGAAAACCAAAUAUGUCACAGUGCGAAUUUUGUUGUAGCCUGCCUUGCGAGGAUUUUACCUCUCCUGUUUGAAAAAUCCACAUGUUUAUUUGUAUGCGAAUCACCGUUUCCUGUGGAUCCUGGCUCUUCUCUUAAAGACUGUUCAGAGUCUAAACAUGUAAUUCCUUUAGCCUUUCCUCCACGAAGCUUCUGAAAGACUGCUCUGUCUGUGGACGAGUGGAUGCCUUCCUGGAUUUGGGCUUCUGUAGAAGUGUGUAAGUUGAAAGACAGUUUCAGCAAUGCCUUAGAGGAGUGACAUCUUAUAAAGUGCUCACAAUCGAUAACUCUGGACUAUGACAUCUCAUAUUGACUUAUGAUUUGGAAAGUUUGGGCGUGUAUUUGAGAAAUAGUGGUUGUAUUGAUUUUUUCCCCUUCUGGUUCUUUGGGAGGAAACAAGCUGUUUGUAACCUCUCUAGCCCCAAUAAAUGUGGAGCAGGAA